AUCCACAUUCUACUGUACACGUCGACCCUUUCAGACUUUAUUAAAUAUCUACAUGAACCCUCGUUGACUGAAACCAUCACCAGUCCAUCAUCACCGACCCCAUCUUCAAAGAGCAUAGGACAGCAGACAUCCCAUUCAUCCCACUCAUUUACCGCCUUAUUACAAAAUGGGAAAGGUCGAAAGAAUCGUAUUUUUCUCCCUCAUCCUUGAUUUAUUUGCAUUUACCAUACCUUUACCUCUCUUCCCUCGAAUAAUUGAAUGGUACACCGUGAGAGAGGCCUCUGACCCAAAUGGGUUCCUGUCAAAAACUCUAAGUUCUGUAUCUGCUAUCCGGGAAACGCUCUAUAAGCCGGCUCAAAACUCUCAGAGAUGGGACAUCGUGCUCCUCGGCGGACUGUUGGGUUCCGUGUUCUCGACUCUUCAGUUUAUAGUAUCGCCAUACAUUGGGUCUUUAUCUGAUAAGUAUGGGCGCAAACGCAUCCUUCUUAUAACUAUGAUAGGAAAUAUACUAUCCGCCGUAGUAUGGGUUCAAUCCACAUCAUUUGCUUCCUACAUGCUCUCCCGCGUCAUCGGAGGGUUAAGCGAAGGCAAUGUUCAAUUAGCCAUUGCCAUUCUCUCCGACAUUACCACUCCAGCUAAUCGCUCCAAGGCUUUGGCACAUGUAGGCAUCGCAUUCGCUAUAUGCUUCUGCAUUGGCCCUCCCAUUGGAGCAUAUUUCGCAUCUCAGCCCGUUCCUCCGAGUGUAAACACGUGGGGUCACGAGCUGAAUGUAUAUGCGGUACCUGCCAUUAUAACACUCGUCCUCCUCGUGGCCGAAACGAUAUUCUUAGCGGUGGCACUUCCAGAGACCAGAUCUAAAAAGCCUCUAAGCGAGUAUGACGACUCAGCUGAAGAUAGCAAAUCUAAUAAAACAUCUCAUCAUCGGGCAAGCGUUCAAACACGGAUAAGUCUGCUGAAAACUUUACGAAGGCUCCACUUCCUAUUCUUGGGCUUAUUCUCCGGGGUGGAAUUCACACUGACCUUCUUGACUUUCGACCUUUUUGAUUGGAAUAACAGACAGAAUGGCGCCCUUAUUGGAUCCAUCGGCAUUAUUAGUGCACUUCUUCAAGGCGGGUAUGUUCGCCGUGCUACUGCUAAAGUGGGAGAAGGAGUUAUGGCCAGACGCGGAGUAUCUAGUUGUGCCGUAGGCUUAGUCCUUCUCGCCAUCCUCCCUCUCUUUGUAGAAACGCGACCCACGAUUGCCACACGGCUUCUUCAAGGAGCGGCAAUCUGCAUGGCCUUCACUUCCGCCACGGUCGUAAACUCGCUUACAUCCUACGCCUCUUUACAGUGUGACGAGGGCAUCGACAAAGACACGGGUAAACCCGUCGCCGAACAUCCGCAGCUCGUCAAAGGUAAAGCGUUGGGCCGAUUCAGGUCUUCAGGACAACUGGGCCGUGCCCUUGGACCUUUACUUGCUUGUGCCUCGUACUGGACUUUCGGCCCGUCUGCGACCUAUGCAGUGAGCGCUCUCGCUAUGUUUGCGCUGUCGACCACCAUGGGAUCAAUCGUGCCUGGCUCAUCUUGACAUUCAUAACAUUCGCCAAACUUUCUUCUCCGACUGUAUCCACCGCAGACCGUAGAGACGAGCUUUUCUGAUCAGAAGUAGAUAUUUGUUAAGAAGUCCAGAUAUGUUCGCACCCUUGUUAUAUUUAUAUUAGUAUUCCACUGGAGCACUAGUGCUAAGUAUAGCCUUCGGCUGUGCAAAAACGAUAUUGCCGCGUAAACAAGUGAAUAUGUAUACUUGCGAAGAUGUAGUUGCGGCAAUGCUGUAAAAAUGAUGGAAAGAAUAUGAUAAGAAUAUACUGUCCUUUCCAAAGUAUGUAAGAGAGUGAAUCGUCGAAAUAAUGAAUAGGUAUAUCUAACGCGUCCCAUGUUUGGUCUCAAUAGCGUUCACUUUACUAGAGUAGUAUAGGUGUGUGUAGUAACAAGCGACCCGGCAAGGUCUAAAUAUUACGAAUAUCUGGAAUCAAGAUCAUCAUCAAGGUCAAUAAGUGUACUUGAUGAGGCAGUAAAGGAAGAACGAUUCUCAGUAGGACAACGUAAGGGCGAAUUGUUUUGUGCUUGACCUUGGCGGCGCGAGUCACCUGCGAAUAGACCAGCCCGCUCAAGAUCUGGAGCGUAUCUCUGUUUUUCAGGUGGCAGCUGAGACGAUGGAGGGAGGAAUCGCCCUGCCUGUGGUGGCGGGCUUCUCUGUGAUUGGGAAAGCUCCAUGCCGCCAGCUUGAGCUUGAGUGAAGAUGGCAGGGAGGAAGAACAUGACGCCGCGCGAGCGCCGUCGACUCCUCGUGGGAACCCGUGAUAUCGCAACUGGCUCUCGCGUAGGCACUAAGAGUGCUGUAGCGCGACAGGCAGCGCGUUUCACGGCAUCAAUGAGAGAAGAACCACCUCUGUAGUAAUAGCUGCUACCGCUGGGGAAAACAUCCAUAGAAGAAGAAACGUCGGACGGGGCGGGAGAUCCUGGGCGAACAUCGAAAGGAAGAGGGAGUAGUCCCAUUUGCUCUUCAAGAGGAGAUUGAGGAGCAGAGAUGGUAGGUGACGGUGGCUGAGUGGAAGAUUCAGAUGCAGGUAAUGAUGACCAACGAAGAUCAAUUUGCCAACGUCCGUUUCGCUGAGACCAUCGGGGAAGGAGAACGUCGUAACCUCCCAUUCUCCUGAGACUGUAUUUCCGCUGUCUGUUUGGCAGAGCCAGACGGUACACACCUACGAUAAGAACGACCAAGCCUAUCCACAUGAGGCCCGUGCCCCACUGACCCAAAAAGCCUAUGAACGCAGCAUCGUCUGCAUGCCAACUACUUCCAUAAUAAUGGGAGAAGAAUGAAUGAGGAACCUCAUCCAUUUUGGCGUUCUUUCCAUAGAGUGACUUGGGAAGAAUGCGGACAUCACCUCCAGGAUACUCUGGCAUGGCAGGGUGGGAAGAAGUCCAGAGGGCGUACUGGGCGGAGAGGAACAUGGGGCCUGUGGAGAACAUGACGGUUGGAUAAUUGAGAAUCCAUGAAUGGUCAAAGGUGACGAGGUUGUGGAUGGUCUGGGCGAGGAAGGGGUGGCCUUUCUCAGCGAACAUGAGGUCGUUGGAGACACCGACGGGCACGGUUCGUGGCAAGAUGACGGGGUAUAUCAACAACGGGUCAAGAGGACGCAGACAGCCAACAUCGAGGUCUAAAUAAAUACCCCCAUAG